AUGGCUGUGUUGAGUUCGAAGCCUUUAAGGUACAAGAUUAUUCGGUUCUCGAGCCACAAGUAUCCUUUCUCCAAGUUCAAGUCAAGACAGUACUAUAACAUGACAUGUGAGGUGUUUGAUUCAAACACUUGGGCAUGGAAGAGGUUGAAGAAUGUUAGUUUACCCUAUUGUGUUUUAUUGGGCAUCGACCAGCCUUAUGUAACAUCAUGCGGCGCGUUCUACUGGCUUGUUCGGCUUGCGAGGAGCAACCAAGUGUUUGCUUUUUAUUACGAAGAUGAUAAAGAGAGUUGGGAGAUUUUCGAUUUACCAACUCCGAUGGAGGAGAGUGACCGUUUCGAUUACAAAAAACUCGUGGAGUACCAAGGUAGGCUUGCAUUGAUCAUCUGUGAAGGGGAGGUCAUGGACUUGUGGGUUAUGGAAAAUCAUGAGAAAAAGUUAUGGAGCAAGAGGAAGACAUGGACAUGGAGCACUAAAGUGUUUAAACAAGUAGAGGGCUAUAUUCCUCCUCUUGCAGCACUUUACAACAGUGAUAUUGCACUUACAAAAGGGCGCGAUGAAAAACUCAUAUUUUACAAUUUUGAAGAUUCUAGUGCUAAUGUGGUAUUUAAUAAUUUGUGCAAUGAUUGA